AUGGAGCGAAAGGGGAACGAUGUUGGAGUAAAAACAACGUGUACGGAUCUGAGUUAUUUGGCAUUACCCCACGAAACUGAGGUGGUACGGAUUUCAAGUGGUGCAUUCGUAUACGGGAUCGUAGAUUAUGUAGAGGGGUGCGCCACCCUUGCGCCGCCCCUUCCUGCGAUUCGUCUGUUGGGUCCAACCGAGCCUAGCGGAACUUCUCACCAACUAGGCCACUUGUUUCGCAGGAUUCUAUCGUUAUUCUAUUCUAAUGCCCAUGAAUACCACGAUAAAUAUGUUCUGGGUUAG